AUGGCCUACACCUGCCACUCACUCUCCACCACCUGGGAAUUCUGGAAGUACGAGAUCCCCUUGGUCGCCUUUGAGUUUCGCCAUGUACUGGAUGCUCUCCUGGCCUUGACUGCGUUGUCUGCCUCGCGUCAAAGGCCACGCUACUGGUCUACUUUAGAUGGUCGGAUGGUCUCUGCCGAGGAGGGAGAGUUCGCCACUCCAUUAUCUGACGCACCUCUCAACACGGGCUGGAAGCAAGCCGACAGGGCUCGUCGAAGUAUGAUUGAACAAGCAGGAGCUGACUCUAUGGUCUUGCGUUCCACCGACCCCAACGGUGACAUGCUGGAGAUCUCCAGGAGGUAUUUCUCCAUGGCUCUUGAAGGCCACCAAAAGGCUCUUGCCAAUCUCAACGUCAAGAACUUCCGCGCCACGUACAUCUCGUCCGUCAUGGUCUCGUACUACUCUUUUUUUACGCUGAGUGAAAGUGCUGAAGGCGGAGACUCUCUCAUGCUUGAUCCGAUGAAAUGGUUUCGCCUGUCCAAAGGCACAGUCUAUAUCAUUGACCAGUGGAAGGAAGCUGUUGGAGAGCGCUGGUUCUUGGAAGCUGGAGGAACCUACGGAGAGCCAGAUCUGUCAGACGGCGAUGAGCUCUUCCGACCCAUCCACUACGAACCUUUCAAGUAUCUACUGGAGCCUGUUCAUGGUGAUGUGAUUGCCGAAGAAGACAGGAUUGCAUACGAACACUCUCUCAGCUACAUCGGCCUCAUGUACAAGGGCAUCGUUCAGCAAACGGAAUCGCCGCUAGCUACGCACCGCCGGGUCCUCGCAUUUCCUGCGCGUGUUCCGGAUCGGUUUGCACAACUGGUCGAAGCGCAUCAACCCAGAGCUAUCGCCUUCCUCGCCCACGUCUUGGCCUCUAUCAAACUGGCAGAGCCUCGAUCUUCCUGGUUCAGAGGCAUCGCACAGCGCCAAGUUCCCCUUAUCUGCAUGGCACUACCACCAAGCUGGAGCGAGAUGGUGCAGUGGCCGCUGCAAAUUAUCAGAGAGGACAACAUCUCUCCGAACAUGCCUUCUUGA